AUAAAGGCCGGAUGCGCGGUUCGAAACGGCUGUCUGAAGUCGCGGAACGGACAAUCGUUCGAAGGAAUCGAGCAGUCUGUUGUUUAAGAUCCGUCCAUCGCGGUCGCCACGUUCAGGCGGUGACCAGUACACGGUACUCGGAAUUUGUGCACCGAUUAUCCGAUCGAUCUACCGCCGAGAGCCAUGAGAAACGCGUCGAUAACGAUUCCACGUUUGCUCUGGGCCCUCGUUCUUAUCGCGGGGUUCGCGGAGACGUUAUCGGCAGUGGCUCGGGACAGAGGAGCGUAUCCCCGAUCGCCGAAAUUCGAAGACGAUAAACUGAUCCGCGACGGUUUCCAAGUUUAUAUAAGGAACAGAUCGUGGUUCGACGUGCUGUCGAUGCUUCGAAACCGAGAUAUGGAGAAGGACGAGAAAAAGUUCGGCAAACUGUGCGAUUACAACGAGAACAAGAUGAAGGACGACGAGACGUCCGGUAACACGAUCGACGAGGACGCGAAAGACUCGGAGAACGAGGCGAAGACGUUGCCGAGCGACAAGAAACCGCCGAGUCUCACCUCCAGAACCAUCAUCGAGGUUCCCGUUUUCCCGUGUCCCGAAGGACAAAGACUCGACAAGAACGGCGUGUGCAGAGAAAUUAUCAACUAGCAAGGAACCGGGAAAUAUCCACGUUCCAUCAGACUGACGGAGGCGCGGGGCUUUCGUACGAUCGGCGUCGCGCCUCGAGAAACAUCCAAUCGUUAAGUUAGUACUUCUUUUUUACAAUAAACGAUUUUUAAAAGA